UAUCUCCCCUUCACACUCCUAUCACUUCUUUCUUGAUCUUUACUUUCACUAAUUCACACAUAUAUAGAGAGAGAGUGGGGGAAGAGAGAGAAAGAUUAGAAAUCUAACCUAAAGGGCAAAAGAAAAAAAAAAAAAAGUUCUUUUGAGCCAUUUUCAAACCCUAAUUAAGGAAAGAUAGAAAUGGACAUUGAAUUGGUGAAGUGUGAGUGUUGUGGGCUUAAGGAGGAUUGUACACAAGACUACAUUAGUGAGGUGAAGUCGAAAUUCGAAGGGAAAUGGCUAUGCGGGCUUUGCUCGGAGGCCGUGAGGGAUGAGGUGAAGAAAAAAUCGGCGUCGAGGGUUGAUGAAGUUGUCAAGGCUCACAUGUCUUUUCGUAAAGAGUAUAAGUCGAAUCCGGCGGUUCAAGUGGCCGAUGGGAUGAGGAAAAUGUUGAGGCGACGAUCGGGUGAUAUGGGCUCGUCCCCAUCUUCGUCCCCUUCGAAGAAAUACUCGAGCACGUCGCAAGUUUCGUCGUAUUAUUAGGGGUAAUUUAUGUUAUUACAUGCAUGGGAGAUGAUCUUCUAUGUGUUCUUGCCCUUUCUUGAUGAAUUUGUGGUGUCUUUUUGUGUAUAUAUAUAUAUAUAUAGAUAUGUGACAAGGGAAGUUAUUUUAAGGCAAGAGGAUUACUUUACUUGGAGAUUUUUUUGUUAGUCUUUAGGUUUUAAUUAUUAUCAUGCAAUUUCUAGUAUUUUCUUUAAAUAUAUAUAUAUAUUUCAUAAAAUAUUAUUUGAAUGCAAAAAAGCAUA